CCCUCUUCUCUUCAUCUCAAGGGAAAAAUUUCUCCAAUCCUUCUUCGACGAAGGUGUGCGUUUCUUCACGGAUACGACUACUCAUCAUGCGUGCCCGUCUUCUCCUCAUUGUCGUCCUGAAUAUUUGGACCUCGCUUCUACUGAUGCCCAGUAAUUGGAAGGCAACACCCUUCGACCUAGCAGAGAUUCGUGACACGCCUUCUCCUCCGACUCUCCCUUUCCCGAUCCAACGGAUGGACAGAGAUGACCAUGACUUCUCCAUCCGUCCACGUGACAAGCGCAAGAGCAGCAGCAGCGAUCAUGUUGCUAAGCUCACCGACAGAUUUCUCAAAAGGGGUAAUAGGGACCUUGACAGCGACGGCUCUGCAGAAGUUGGCCAUGAGAGCGGCGCUAAUGAAACCAGCGACAGCGAUAGCGACGGCUCCACUGACAUAAAUGACGACAAUGACGCUAAUGAAACCGGCGGCAGCUAUGGCAAAAGCGUAAGGGAAGUCACAGAGGAAUGGCCUAAUUUCCAGAAAGCUCUGGAGCAACGCAAAAAAGCCAUUGACAAGAACCUCCAUGGUUAUUGGGCACCCGGGGAAGAGACCAACAGACUCAUCGACCAGAUGCUUGGUAAUCCAUCGACGGAGGCUGGAGAAGACUUAUCGCGCCUGAUUCUUACGAAGGUACCACUCAGCGAGGUUACAAACCACGUUAAGGAUCUUCAUGCCAUCCUUCUGGGCCGCCUUGUCUGCGGAUGGUCCAAAAUCAAAGCUAUUUCUGAAGAAGACUGCUUGGGACGAAUAGAGAUCCUUCGGGAAGCAAACGCUGUCAAGUACAAUUGGAAGCGCCUCGAUUGGCCAAUGAAGGGUGUGGGAAUUCUUGAAUUGCAGAAGAAGAGACAAUAUAUCCGCAAUCAAUGGGAAGUUCGUCCAAAAGGAAAGACAGGAUUGAUCUUCUUCAAUGUACCUUCGGGCAAAGUCAAGCGAACGACACACUUUCUUGACCACUCAUUCGGCGACGGUUCGGAGGUAGAGGUGAAGGUAUUACCCCACAAGGAUUCAGACGAGAAGAACACGCAUCGUCUCUGGUUCUACCGUGAAAUUCCCGACCACCGCCGUGGAUAA